GACACAAGAAAUACGUCUUUGGGGCCACCAUGGUGAAACAUUUGAUGAAGAAGCUGUACUAAAAAAAUCACAAGAAGGCAUUAUAGUUGGCAUUUUUGCGGGUCUCACAGCUUGGAGCUUUCUAGGUGCCAUGCAUGCAUCCUCAACCUCUGUAACAAAAGUUUACAUUGACUUGGAUACAUCUCAAGUUAAAAACUACCAAACCAGCUAUAAAUGGGAAUCUCCGGCUCUGCGACAAAAACUACCUCAGGUUAUGCAUUUAUCUCCUAUUCAAGCAGCAGGGAAAAUGUACACACUUCAACAAAUAUCAGAUAUGCCCACCUCAAAUUUUCAGGAAGGAGCUACCUACAACACCAUUGCGAAAGUUAAAUCUAUUGUACCUUCAACUAAAUGGUACUACAAAGGAUGCAAACAUUGUGACAGAGGAUACAACAACAACUCAGAUACUCCAACAUGCAUUUGCACAAAUUCAUCUCCAAAGCCAUUGUACAAGCUACCAAUUACACUUACAGAUGACUCAGGAGAUUUAGAUGCCAUUGCUUUCUCUAAAAUUGCUGAAUAACUGGUUGAGCGAGAUGCCAUCCAAGCUUCUCAAAACAUGAAAGUUUAUACCGCGGAACAUGUGACCGCCCU